UGCCCUGGGGAAGUGACGCGGGGCGCCAGGCGGAAGUGACGUGUAUCGCGUGCAGGCCCGCACCAGUGAGGGGGGGGUUUGGACAAGAUGGCUGGAUCCACAGUUAAAGUACCUCGUAAUUUUCGCUUAUUGGAAGAACUUGAAGAAGGUCAAAAAGGAGUAGGUGAUGGUACAGUAAGCUGGGGCCUUGAAGAUGAUGAAGAUAUGACACUCACCAGAUGGACAGGCAUGAUUAUUGGGCCACCAAGGACAAACUAUGAAAACAGAAUAUACAGUCUGAAAGUAGAGUGUGGACCUAAAUAUCCAGAAGCACCUCCAACAGUUAGAUUUGUAACUAAAAUUAAUAUGAAUGGAAUAAAUAAUUCCAAUGGAAUGGUGGAUGCACGGAGCAUACCAGUGUUAGCAAAAUGGCAAAAUUCUUAUAGCAUUAAAGUUGUACUUCAAGAGCUAAGACGUCUAAUGAUGUCCAAAGAAAAUAUGAAGCUUCCACAACCUCCAGAAGGACAAACUUACAACAAUUAAUUUUAGCUGAUUCUCAAACUUCUGUCUUAAAACAACGACCUUCUACUCAUGUUAAUGUCUUGAUUAAAUCUCACAAUGCAAACACCCACACAUUAAAAGAAUUUCAGCUGGUAUACAUGACCUGGACAUUUGUAAGAAUAUAUAUAAUAUAUGUAUGCCCAAUAUGUUUUCAGGCACUAUGGGAGAAAAAGGCAGCACAAUUAUUUUUUUCUCUUAUCAAGGCACUGUCAUUUAAGCAUAAGCCUGAAAUAGCCUAAAAUUGGAAUUCAGGUUUUUACAAGAUGAAAGCAUGACAGAAAGUGUCAGAUUGCUGUGGAAUAAUAUAUGUUACUGAAAAUAAUCUCUCGAGAAGGCAAAAUAUAAAUGGCAUGCUUUAUCCAUCUUGCUUAGUAAAAGAGCUGCAAUUAAAUUUGUUUUAAAGUAGCAGGUACAGUGACUACCGUUGCUCAUCUUGUUUAAUUUUGCAAAGGUGUGGGUGCCGACUACUAGUAGUGUCACAAAGUAUGUUCAGGAUUGUUUUGAUACCUGUAUUUAUAAAACGGGGGGAUUAAUUUCUCUUAAGCAGCUCCWGUGUGUUACAUGUAUCGGACAUGGCAAAUAUUUGUUUACAGUCUUUGUUCUAAUAAACCAUGCAUUUAAGUUUUAGUGAAACAAAGGAAAUGUAUGGAUAUGUGAUUGAGAUUAAAGUUAGUCUUAAAAUGUAAAUAAAAUGUGGAAAGUGUCUGAGACUGUGCCAUUUCUAUAAUAGUGAUGUAAUAUAUGUACAGUAACUUGCAGAAGUAGUGGAAGGCCAAACAUAAUAUUGCUGCUGGUUUUACAUGCACCUUUUACCACUUUUUGUAUGCUUACUUAAUCGAUCAAGAUGUUUCGUUUGUUGCAGAGGAGCAAAUUCAGUCAUCUGCAGUACCACUUUGGACAAACUUGCAAUGCAUUUAAAAAAGAAAAGCCCUCUCCCUCCUUCCCCCCACAUUUUUUUGAGAAAUGAGCAUAAUUCUUUCACUUGCCCUACUUGACUUCUGAGCAGCUUUCAGAUCAACCAUAUUGUUGCAGUCUGUCUUCCUUCUCAGUCCUUAGUCUCUCUUUGACAGCYGCUACCUUUAUUUUUUUCCUUUCUUUAUCUUUUGUGUCUUUUCCCUGUUUUCCCUCCUGUAUCGUGUUUGCCUUGUCUAAAAAUACAUUGAAAAAAGAAGAGAAAGAAAAAAAGAAACUUCAGGAUGCUUUAAAUAAGUUACAUCUGUGGUACAGACCUUAUUUCCAUUUGCAUUGUGUGCAUCAGAUGCCAGUAUACCACUGUCUUACUAACCUUAAUGUUUUCUGCCUCUGCUGCCACUGAUCUGUUACUUUUCAUACAUUCUGUUUAGUAGGAACAAUAUUUUUAAUUCUGUUACUGAUUUCUCCUAAGAAAGUAGCUUAUUCUAUUCUUUGGAAAACAACACUUCUUCCUCACCCCCCCCGCCUCCUUUUAUUUUAUUUUAUUUUUUUCCCCUCUUGGUAAAAUGCAAGGCUUGGCUCAUUUCAAUGAGAAAAUGUAACAUGGAGAGUGAGACAAUUACUUGGCAUUCAGAAUUUUGUUAUUACUCUUGAAAAAGUGAGUAUGAUCAACUUUAAAUUGGCUUGACGUU